AUGGCGGACUGUAUUCAAGGGGCUCUACCUAGUUCAACUGUGGUGAACCCCAAAGAGCAAUGUCAAAUAUUGUCUAACAAGAGAAAAAUGGAGGAUUAUGAAACCAUGGCUUUGAAAAAAGAGUGUAGUGCAAUUAUUCAAAAGAAGCUUCCUCAAAAGUUAAGAGAUCCGGGUAGUUUCACUAUACCUUUCACCAUUGGGAAUUUUCAUUGUGAGAGGGCUUUAUGUGAUUUGGGUGCAAGCAUUAAUCUAAUGCCACUGUCCAUUUUUUUUGUGCUUGAUAUGGAGGAAGUUGAAGAUGUUCUUGUCAAAGUGGACAAAUUCAUCUUUCCCGCAAAUUUUAUUGUGCUUGAUAUGGAGGAAGUUGAAGAUGUUCCAAUUAUUUUGGGGAGACCAUUUUUAGCCACCAGUCAAGCCUUGAUAGAUGUUCAAAAAGGAGAGUUGAGGCUAAAAGUGCAGGGCGAUGAGGUUGUAUUUAAUGUGUUCAAGGCUUUAAAGUAUCAUAGAGCAAGUGAUAGUUGUUUUAGUUUGAAUGUAAUUGAGGAAAGUUUUUCAAAGGGAAAACUCAUUGAAGAUCCGCUUGAGAUGAGUCUUAUUUCUCUGAGUAUGGAAGAUUGUGAUGGCACUGAGGUCAUUGAAUAUGUAAAUUGGUUAAAUUCUGCUGGAUCUAUUUAUAAGAAGAAAUAUGAGGAACUCGGACAAGGGCCCAAGAGACCACUACCAUCUAUUGAGAAGCCACCGGUACUUGAAUUGGAGACUUUAUCAGAACGUCUUAAGUACACUUAUUUGGGUAAGAAUGACAGUGUAACGCCCUAG